CCUCUCUUCACUUGCUUGCUUCGUUCAAUUCAAUCGCGAUCUGAAAAUGGUAAAAGUGGCUUCAUCGCUGGGCCAACGGUGGUGCGUUUUGUGCGAAAUUCAGGACUAAAUCCGGCGAGAAAGUGUUCGAAAGUGGCCGUAAAGUGCAGUGCAAGGUGAGAACCGUUCAAUUUGGGUAUUUUUCAGCGGGGGAAAGUGUUAUCUGGGGUGGAAAUUUGGUGUUAAAAGUUGGAAGGCAGUGCGAAAAAGUGCCAACGAAACGCAAGAGCAGCACCACCAUCAUAGUAGGCAUAGCACCCAGUCCAAGUCAGGUUUGGGCCAGGCAGCAGAGUGAGCGGAUAUUAAAAUGGGGGUUCAUGUACCUUCGCUAGGGUGAUUCAAUAAAAAAAUGUGAUGGGUUGUGAAGGGGAAUGAUGGAGGCUGUGCGGCGCUAAAGUAAAAGAUACUUACUCUCAUCCAGUCGUCGAAAGCAUCCGAGCCGUAGGAUAAACCAACGGUUCCCCUAUUUGCGUCGCUUGUCGAUUAAGAAAAAAAAAGUAUCCGCAGAGAAGAAUUUAGUGAAAGUUGUUUUUUCGUAAGUGGUCCCCGUUCGUGUACGGUUCGGUCGCAAAAAUACACGAAAACAAGUGGAGCAAGAGCCAGCAGCAAUAUAUGGUCACCACAGCGGGAAGGUGAUUUUGUUUUUGGUGUGAAGAAGAAAAGUAUCAGAACUGUUUCGCUCCCGAAGUGAAAGAAAGAAAACCCGAGCAGAAAAGGGAGCAAGGUGGUGCAAGCUGUAAGAAUAAACCUCGCUCGCAGUAAUCGCAGGCAAUGCAGAGUGCAGAGGACACUUCGAAUCUUAUGGACACCGAUCACAGUGCGUCGUUGUCCGCGUCGUCGCCGCCGUUGAACAGUGCCGCCUCGUCCGCGGCCAACGUUGGAGGAGCUGCUGGUGGAGCAGGCGUUGUCGGUGCCGGACCUGGCUCUGGUGCUGUUGCACAAUCCGGGCGCACCGGCGAAGCCCUGGAGUAUCACUGCCGUAUGCUGGAAGAAGAAGUUCAAUCACUCAAGGAUUCGGAGAGCAAACUCAAGCAACAGUAUGCCGAAUCUCAACGCCGUGAACGUAUCCUCGCCCGACGGCUCGCCGUCAAGGAACAAGAAAUGCAGGACUUUGCCAGUCAAAUCGCCGAGCUCAAGACUGCCCAGGCCCCGGCUCAAGCUGCGCUCCGAUCCGCCUUGCUCGACCCGGCCGUCAAUAUACUCUUUCAGAAGCUCAAAAACGAACUCCAGCAGACCAAGGCCAAGCUGGAGGAGACACAGAACGAACUGUCGGCGUGGAAGUUCACGCCGGAUUCCAACACGGGCAAACGGCUGAUGGCCAAGUGCAGGCUGCUCUACCAGGAGAACGAAGAACUCGGCAAGAUGACCUCGAACGGACGGCUGGCCAAGCUCGAGGGCGAACUGGCCCUGCAGAAGAGCUACAACGAGGAGGUCAAGAAGUCACAGCUGGAAUUGGACGACUUCCUGCAGGAGAUGGACGAAGACGUCGAGGGAAUGCAGAGCACAAUCGUGUUCCUCCAACAGGAGCUGAAACACACAAAGGACGAGAAGGAAGUCCUCGAGAAGGAGGUCCUCCAGCUGCGAUCCUACGUCAACGGGGGUGCACUCGGUGAAGACGGCCUGGCGUCGUCCCGCAUGAUGGAAACGGACGCCGCCGCCGUCGAUCCCUCGUCCUCGUCCUCGUCGGCAGUUUAUCUAGUGAACGGGAGUAAUAAGUUGAAGCAAAGUUCAAGUGAUCAAACAGAAUCGAUGUUGGUGUUUCAGAAUCGGACGCACUGUGGUGGCAAUACAAAUAGCAAUUCGGAAAUGUUGUUGAACGGUGGUGAUGAGUUAGUUAAUGAACAAGAACAAACGCUCGGCGGCAACAAUAGCAGCAGUAGACUUAGCGGUAACACUACUAGUACUGGUAAUAAUGGUAAGAAAGUAAACAAUAGGACUGCUAAAACAGUUGGUGGUAAAAAGCGAAACUACGCGGAAGAUCCAGAUGAGGAAGGGGCUGCGGGGGGAGAUGAUGAGGAGGACAGUGGACAUCUCGACGAUGGCACGAACAAUGGUAAGAUUGAACAGCAUGAAGAGGAACACAUCCUCACCAGCAGCAAUAAACGCAUGACCCGAUCAGGUAAGGGUAAAACCGUACCUAAAGUAAGCGUAAAGAAACUGCGGCGGGCGUCGGUACUGUCGGCCGAUCCAACGGCGGAAGACGAAGAUGCUGCCGAAGGUUUUGCAGCCAACGGUGCGAACUGAAUAUCCCACCUUAAACAAAUAAUCGGGUUUCCGUUCUCCUAUUAAAGAGGGAAUGGGAACCUCAGAAGUGUGAAACCGACAACUCUGAAGACUCCUUCUUUUUUGGGGUGACGUACUCUUCGUGAAGUAGGUUUUUAUACUAAUCUAAAGCACGCUGUCCUGAAGAAAUUUAAGAAAAAAAAACAGAAACAGGCUAGGAUUAAGUACAGCUGAAAAUGAAUAAACCUAAGUGAAGAAGAAAAUCACUCAAGAAACACAUUGAAAUUAGAACUCUUGGUAAGCUAAGGCUACAAUAAUAAUUAUUGUACAUUCUGAAGGCAACACGUUUAGGGAGAAUUGGAACCGAAGAGAACAACACGCGAGCGACUAACUAAUCAUACAUACACACCCACAUACACAUACCUAUGAAUAUACCUACCUAAAGCAGUCAUCGCUGGGCGGUCUUCAUCUUGCGAUCAAAAACGGUUUGACACAAAAAAAAAAAUGAAACCUUGGACUAGCAAUAGAACUUAGUGAACAAAACAACACAGAAACAAACAACAUCGUAAACGAAUACAGUGGAAGAUUUUUUUUCGUUUCGUUUCAUUUCGUUUGUCCAUCAACGUUUUUAGACA